GCCUCGCUGACAGCAGCAACACAGUGUGGGUGUCUGGCUGUCACCCAGGGGCCCUGUGUCAACAGCAGAGGGAAGAAGAAGAGACCAAGAGGAGGAAACCAGAAAGUAACACUGCUGCAGAAAUGGACCUGCGGUCUGAGCUGCUCAAGUCCAUUUGGUACGGCUUCACGGCCCUGGAUCUGGAGAAGAGCGGUAAGGUGUCCAAGUCUCAGCUAAAGGUUUUGUCCCACAACCUGUGCACAGUCCUGUCUAUCCCACAUGAUCCUGUUGCUUUGGAGGAGCACUUCAGAGAUGAUGAUGAUGGUCCUGUGUCCAGUCAGGGUUAUAUGCCUUAUCUCAACAAAUACAUUCUGGAUAAGGUUGUGGAAGGAUCCUUUAUUAAGGAGAGUGUAGACGAGCUCUGUUGGACUCUUACGGCAAAGAAAAACUACCAGACGGACAAAAACAGCAGCACGGUUCUGCCAGAGAGGGAUGCUUUCCAACUUUGGUGUCUUUUUAAUUUUCUGUCUGAGGACAAGUACCCUCUGGUGAUGGUUCCUGAUGAGGUGGAGUACCUCCUCAAGAAAGUAUGCAUGGCCAUGAGUAUUGAGUUCAACUGUGUUGAAUUGGAGGACUUCUUCUCCCAGGACUCAGUGCAGCAGAGUGGCAUUACUGUUUGGGUUUUUCUUGAGAUGAUGAACUCAGGGAAAAUUACCAAAGGAAUUGAGAAGAGCAUAAUCAGCAUGGCUAUAGAGGAAGCGUAUAGAGAGAUAGUUGGUGAUGUCCUCAAAGAGGGAUAUCUUUGGAAAAAAGGUCAGCUGAGGAGAAACUGGAAGGAGCGCUGGUUCACCUUAAGGCCGAGCAGCUUGUGCUACUACACCGGGGAGGACCGCAAGGACUGCCAGGGCAACAUCGCUUUGGAUGGGAACUGCUGUGUGGAGGAAGUAGACGAUGAUCAAAUAUUGUUUGGUCGUUCAAAAUGGAUCAAAAACCUCCUUUUCCCAGUGCUGCAGGACAGAGAUGGGAAGAGAUGCAUGUUUUGUCUUAAAACCCUCUCCAAGACGUAUGAGAUGAGCGCCUCAGACACCAGACAGAGGCAGGAGUGGACAACAGCCAUUCAAACAGCUAUCAGGCUGCAUGUGGAGGGGAAAAAGUCCCUCCACAAAGAUUUGAAGAUGAAGCGGCGCGAACAGCGUGAGCAGCGUGAGAGGAGACGACAGUCCAAAGAGGAGGAGCUGCAGAGGCUACGGGCCCUGCAGGAGGAACGGGAGCGUAAGCUGGUGGAGCUGGAGCUCCUGAAGGAGGCACAAAAGCAGGCUCAGGCCCUCCUGCAGCAGGACGAGCAGAGGAGGCGCCAGCAGCAUGAGCAGCUCCAGCAGGCCCUGGAGGUCCAGCUGAAAGAGGCUGAGGAGGCCCGCGUCAGUAUGCAGGCAGAGAUGGUUCUGAAGGAGGAGGAGGCCGAGAAGCAGAGGAAGAGAAUCAAGGAGCUGGAGGAGAUGCAGAAGCGCUUGGAAGAGGCGCUGCAGCAGGAGAUCAAGGCCAGGCUGGAUGAGGAGGCCUUCCGCUAUGCUCAAGCAGGAUUACUGGCUGAGGAGGAGGAUAAAAUGAAGGCACUGAUGAACCUGCAGGAGGAACAGGAGGAGUACAUCUUGAAGACGCAGAGGGAGAAGCAGGAGCUCAAGCAGGAAAUGGAGGUCAAGUCUCAAGCCCUGGAGGAGGCGCAGAGGCAGCUUGAAGAGGUCCGGGCCAACCGGCACAGGGUUGACCAGGAUGUAGUGGCUGCUCAGAGGAAACUUCGCCUGGCGAGCACCAACGUCAAACACUGGAAUGUCCAGAUGAACAGACUGAUGCGGCCGAUUGGACCAGGAGAGAAAAGGCCGUCGUUAGGAAGCUCUUUCUCAGCCUUCCAGAUCCCGACGCAGAGAGAUCCUGGGCUGCGUCUCAGAAAGAGAUCGGACUCGGAGGGUCAGGACGAGGAGAGCAAAGAAAACGUCGACAGAGCUGGGUGUGAUCUAGAAAAACGCCACUCCCAUGCCUCUAAUGGAGACAUGGACAUCCCCUGAAAAUCAUCAAUCAGAGAGAGGCUGCCCGGCUCACAUCUGGUCACACUGUGAGGGUUUCUGACGGGAAGGCCAAGAGGCUGAGGGUUGUCUAAUAUGUGAAGACUGUGGGACAUUUACACUUAAAACCGAAUUUAGAGAACUACCAUUAGAUGUGGAAUUUACUGACCUCAUUUCACAGCUUAACACAUUUUAGUGAGAAAUUGGAUUUGCAAUAUUUCCAGCUCAUCUAAGUGCGAACUGCGUGAGGCCUGUUCUGGACAUGAACCAUACAAUGCGUCAGUGCAGAGAAAAUGAGCUGUAAGAGAUGCUGAAAGUACAAGGUUCAUGUUUCAUUAAUAAUACCUACACACAUAAAGCUCAUUUGUUCAGCUCUCUAAUAUAACCAUUUGUUAACUUUACAUAUUUGUUGGGGAUACGUGGUGUGGUUCACCUUUUUUGACGCUUUUCCUGAUAUUUGUGAAAAGUUCGUUCAGUAUUAUGAGUUUCAGUCGCGUGUAUCACUCCUCAUAAAACAGGAAAGAGAAAGAGAGAGGGGGGAAGAGAGAGAUUCAAGUUGAACUUCCUGUUUCGACUGUUUAACACAACUGUAAAUAAAAGAGUGAAUUAAUGCCCUAACCAGAUUUCUGGAGUGAUCUUCCCUGGGUUUAAUGAUUAAUGAUGUGUGACAUGCAACUCAAUACACUUUAAUCCUCACUUUCAUGACAUUUGCAUACAUUACAAGAUGAAUAGCUGAAAUAAAUGAACUAUUGUUAAGGGGUAGUGUGAAUCAUAAAACAGUAAUAAAAUCAGUUCCAAAGACCACACAGUGUGGAAGUAGUUAAAGCCCACAAUGCUGAAUGAGCAAACCACAUGCUUAAGUUUGAAUUUGAGUCCUCAUUCGUUCAAAGUGGAAAUGUGUCAUCGCUGACUAACGUGACGCCUCUAACUGGUAAAACCUUUGGCUCGGGUGAACAGGGACAUCCCCUGACAGACCGUGCAAACUGCACGUAGACUGGAAUGAUGCUAAUCAGCCAUAUUGAUCUCUCAGUAUUAACAAUCUUUAUUUUUAUUUUUGGCCAUUAUAUACAAGAUGGUAAUUUUUCUUAACAAAACUUUAUCCUCAUUACAUUUCUUGAAGUUUCACAAAUAAAGAUAAAUAGGUAUUAGCCAGUAAAUAAAAAUGUAUUAUAAAAAACACAAAUGUAAGAAAGCUAUAUAGCUUACACAGCCAUACUACUGUCAAGAGUGUAAACUAGGUAUAUCAGUGGAUAACAUCUUUUCUCAAUGUUUCUCUUUCUAAAAGCUCCAGGGAACGUCCGCUUUGCAUUCAUUUCAUUUGUUUAUACUGUUUUUUAUUAGUUUUUGUUUUUAUGCAUUUUUACUGCCUUGUCUGGUUUUUAAUUUGACAUUUUUUUUACAUUUUUUGUUUUUAUUUCUUCUUGUUAAGCACUUUGUAACAUUGUUAAGAAAAGUGCGAUAUAAAUAAAUUAUAUUAUAAUUAUUAUUAGUAGUAGCAUUUGUUGUAUUAUUACAUUUUGAAUGUCAUCAAUCACCUCUCAUUUUAAUUUUGUGAAAUGCAACGCCACAUUUAACAACAAUGUCAGGAAUAAACAUCUACUGUGUAUAAAUGUAGACAUUACGGACCAUAUACAUAAAAGCGAAACAGUAUAAACUUGGUAAAGAUGUUUUGUCAGCGCUGUAAUAUUGCUCCACAUUAGACUGAAGUGGCCACUGACACAUGAUGCAAUGUUCAGUAAUGUUGUAAAACUGUUAUGUUGAGAGGUCUGAAACCAGCCUACAGGACUAAAUCAGGCACAUUUUCGUGUUGGAUGUAAGUGUGCAUGUUAAUAAAUGUGCAUUGUUGCAAAUAAAUAAUCAGAAACUAAA